GGUGGUGCAGAAACGUCGCCUUUUUGGCCCCGAGAAGCAAGCUGCCAUAGAUGAAGAGAUACAUCAAGAGAGUGGAGUACUCUGAAUGGGUGUCCAACCCUGUGCUCGUCAAAAAGCCAAACGGCAAGUGGAGGAUGUGUAUUGAUUUCACCAACCUCAAUGAUGCAUGUCCAAAAGACCCUCAUCCGUUGCCAAAUGUCGAGAAGUUAGUAGAACGGGCAGCAGGGCAUGAACGGAUGAGUUUUCUUGACACCAGUUCAGGCUAUCACCAGGUUCAGUUACUGCUGGACGACCAGGAGAAAACGGCCUUCUAUGCUGGUGACGCUAUUUAUUGCUAUGUGAUGAUGCCAUUUGGCCUGAAAAAUGCUGGCGCUACAUAUCAGAAACUGGUACAAAUCAUUUUUAAGCUCCAGAUCGGCAGAAACAUAGAAGUGUAUGUGGAUGACAUGAUAGUCACCAGCGUGCGAGUUGAGAACCAUAUACACAACCUGAGCGAAACUUUUCAAAACUUGCGUCGAGCCCAAAUGAAGCUGAAUCCCUUAAAAUGCACGUUUGCUGUGGAAUCAGGGAAAUUCCUGGGGUACAUAGUAUCCAAGAAAGGAAUCGAGCCUGUGGAAGGGGAGAGUCUAUACCUAUACAUGGGGGUUACAGGAGAGGUAGUGAGCUCGGUUUUACUCAGGGAGGAGAAUAAGAAUCAAAAGCCUAUCUGCUACGUGAGCAAGGUUUUACAAGGCGCAGAGCAGAACUACCCAUUAGCAGAAAAGGCUGCAUUUGCCCUGGUGUACACAGCUCGUAAGUUGAGGGCUUAUUUCCAAUCACAUCAGAUUGUUGUCUAUACCGAUUUGCCGUUGAGAAAAAUACUGCAGAAACUUGAACUCUCAGGUCGGCUUAUUGGGUGGAGCGUCGAGCUGAGUGAAUAUGACCUCAGAUUUCAGCCGCGUACAGCCAUAAGGGGCCAGGCCGUUGCAGACUUUCUGGUGGAAUGCAUUUCAGCAACUAAGGAAGAAAAAGCACCUGAGCACCCAGUCUGGGUUUUAUAUGUUGAUGGAGCCGUUAGCGAUGAAGGAUCGGGUGCUGGGGCUGUGUUAGUGGGCCCAGAUGGCUUUAAGUCUGAGCACGCACUGAGGUUUAAGUUUCAGACGACCAAUAACGCCGCAGAAUAUGAAGCCUUCAUUUACGGAUUAAAGUUGGCGUCCACGCUGAAGGUACAAAGCAUUCAAGUCUUUAGCGACUCUCAGCUCGUCGUGGGCCAGGUGAAUGGCAAUUGUGAAGUUAGGGAUCCCCAGCUCGAUCGUUACGCCUCUGUGGUCAGUAGAUUGAAGUCAAUGUUUGUCUCUUUUCACAUUGAUAAAAUACCAAGAGCAGAUAACCACCGAGCCGAUGAGCUGUCCAAAUUGGCCUCCUCGCAGGACUUUAACCAUCAGAGGUCGACAAUCGUCGAGGUGCUUGACGCCCCGAGCUACACCGAUCUCACAGCGGAGUGCCAACUGUUGAGUACAGACCCCUCUACGCCAAGCUGGACCACCCCGCUAAUAAUUUAUUUACAAAAUGGCGAGCUACCUGAAGAUCAGUCCGUUGCAAAGCUGGUCAGACGUAGGGCGGCACACUUCACUUUGAUAGAUAAUCAGCUCUACAAGCGGGCAGCCUCUAUGCCCCUAUUACGCUGUCUCGUUCCUUAUGAAGCUGAAUAUGCUGUGAGAGAAAUUCAUGAAGGAGUAUGUGGCACGCACAUUGGAGGCAAAACCUUAGCUCGAAAGCUCAUAAGGCAUGGGUAUUACUGGCCAACCAUGGUUGAGGACGCACAGAACUAUGUCAAAAAGUGCCCGACCUGCCAGUUCAAUGCUAAUGACAUUCACAUGCCAGGGGAAAUGCUUUCAUCACUCUCCUCUCCCUGGCCUUUUGCUCAAUGGGGAAUCGACCUGCUCGGCCCUUUUGUUAAAGGCAAAGGAGGCUGCACUUACCUCGUUGUCGCGGUGGAUUACUUCACCAAAUGGAUAGAAGCUAAACCAUUGUCCACGACAACAGAAAAGAAGAUAGAAGAAUUCUUGUUCAAUUCAAUAUUGUGCAGGUUCGGCAUACCUAAGCGGAUCAUUGCUGACAAUGGUCCACAGUUUCGAGCCACGGCACUGAGGUCGUUCUGCACCGACUAUGGCAUUGAGCUCGCCUUGACGUCUGUUUAUACUCCACAGUCAAAUGGACAGGCUGAGUCCGCUAAUAAAAUUGUUCUCCGAGGCCUCAAGGCGCGUGUUUUAGCUUCGCGUUCUAAUUGGGUCGACGAACUCAAUAAAGUGCUUUGGUCGUGCCGCACUACGCUCAGCUUGGCGUAUGGAGCUGAAGCUGUUAUCCCCGUUGAGAUCGGUCUGCCAUCUAAUAGAGCAGACCGCCAUGACGAUCUUAAUAAUGAACAAUUGUUAAGAGAAAAUCUAGACCUAGUGGAAGAAGUCAGAGAGAUGUCUCGAAUAAGAAACAUGGUGCACCAGAAUCGAGUUGCAAAAUUUUAUAAUAAGAGAGUUCGAGCUCGACAGUUUCAAGUCGGUGAUCUGGUGCUACGCAAGGCUGGAUUAACUAAUACUUAUUCACAUAUGGGCAAGCUCGCUCCUAAUUGGGAAGGCCCUUAUAUGGUUAUUAAUAUUAAGCGACCUGGGUGUUAUCAACUAGCAGAUUUAGAAGGUCGUCCGUUGUCGUUCAUCUGGUACUCCGGUGCUGUGAACUGCGCCCCGGUGCAGCAGGUGGCCGCUCGUCAAAGCGGGAUUGACGCUGGAAGCUAGACCCGGCGCCCUGGCCCCUUGAGCU